AUUACAAAAUAUCCAUUGCUAUCUGUUAAACGAAAAAAAUGGCGAAGAGCAUCGCGAUCAUCGACUUUGAUUGCUUUCGUUUAGAUACAGAAGUAACUGACCAGAAGAAAUUCGAAAAGCUUGUUGAUGAAGUCCAUGAUGCGUUGACAAAGGUGGGGUUUAUGUACCUCAUAAACCAUGGAAUUCCAACAGAAAAGAUACGUAACACAUUCACAGCAUCCAAGAAAUUCUUUGAGCUGUCAGAGAAAACUAAGCUGAACUACAUUGGCCAAAAUGACAACAAAUUCUCCAUUCAUGGUUUUGAAGAGACAGAAAAAGAACAGUGCUGUCCAGAAAGAGAACGAGAUCUCAAGCAGUGUUUUAACUACACAGUCAAAGCAGCAACAGAGGAUGUAUGUUCUACUUCUUCUCCCUAUAUGUGGCCCGAUGAGACGAUACCCGAGUUCAGACAAUCGAUGGAAGAGCUUUAUAGAUGGUGUACAAAGCUAAACCACAGGAUCCUUGAUGUUAUUGGUCAUUGUCUCAAAUUACCGGAUCCUCACUACUUCAAGAAUUUACAUAAAGGUCUUGGGACGAAGGCUAAUUGUACUAUUUUAAGGUCGCUGUACUAUCCUCCACCUGAGUUUGAGAAGGUCAAAGAGAAUCAGAUCAGGUGUGGAGAGCAUACAGACUAUGGUGGUAUCACAUUACUCUUCCAAGACAAGCAAGGAGGUCUUGAGGUUCAAGAUGUUGAAGGUGAUUGGAUAUCAGCCAAGCCGGUAGAAGAUGCAGUCAUCGUCAAUCUUGGGGAUCUUAUGCAAAUGUGGACAGCAGACAAACUCAUCGCUUCAGUACAUCGGGUUAUCAUGCCUAAGACUUCUGAACCCAGGCAAUCCAUUGUCUUCUUUGGUCAUCCAGAUGAUGACGAGAUCAUCGAAUGCGUCGACGGAAGCAACAAGUACCCUCCAGUAAAUAGCUUGGAGUACCUUGAGAAGAGACUAUAUGCAACGUACUAGACAAGAACUAUUUCUACAUGUAUAUCAGAUUUUUUACCUGCAAUAUUAUAUUAGGUAACUUGUUUUUAGAAAUCGUAAUUUGAAAUGAAGAUGAUUGGAUGAAAUGUAUUGACAUUGAGAUAUUUUGGGCCCGGUCUUACAAAGAAUUAUGAUUGGUUCAAUCAAUCUCAACUGGAUGGAAAUCCAUUCAUACCAUCAUUUUUUUCUACA